AUGUCUACUUUUACUUCACCCGUUUUAGCACAAACACAAGUUGUUAGUGCUUCGAGUAUUCCACAUCUUGAUUUCAAAAAGACGCAAGUGACUUUCAGUGAUGGGUCUGUUGAGUUUUUUCAACGCCCAUUGGUGCUGAGCCAACUAUUUGACCAUCCUACUUUUAAAAAAUCCGACUUACUUAUUGCUGUUAUGGUGAAUGGCAGAGUGCAUGCAAAAAAUGAAAUUUUAAAAAUAGGUAUUGCAAAUGUCACACCUGUUUGGUUUGACAGUGUAGAGGGUCUUUCUGUUUUCAGGCGUUCGUUGGUGGUCAUAACAGCAUCUGCAGCUUUCAAAGUCUUUGGUUCAGAGAUUGGCAUUGUUUUUGACCAUCAUGUCACUAAUGGGUAUAAGAUCAAAAAGUACAACGAAGAAGAAUUCACACAAGAGGAGUGCGACAACAUCAAAUCACAAAUGACACAGUUGAUUAAAAAUGACGUUCCGUUGACUCACGAAGUUCUUUCGCAUUCGGAAGCAAUCCACUACUUCAAAGAGACCAAUAGACCUUAUUCUCUUUCUUUGUUAGAAAGUAUCAAUGAAGACAAAGUCCAUUGCAGUUGCUGCGACGGCUUUCUUACGUUGUUUUUCAGACCGCUUUUGACGUCGACUGGAGAUAUUGGAGACCACUUUGACUUGAGACUUUCAGCAAAGAAAGACGGCCUAUUACUGAUCUUCCCAUUACCAAACAAACCAAUUCCGAGUGUUUCCGAGAGCAGUGAGUUUCGUCUGAUUUCACAGAGUUAUGCUGAUUCGAAUGAAGUUGCAAAGCAAAUUGGGAUUGAGUGUGUCGGUGAUAUCAAUAAAAGCAUUUUGAAUGGUCCAACCGAAACAGUCUUGAUGAUGGAGAACAGACAGGACUUGGAAAUUUCCCAAAUUGCAGAAAAGAUCUCCGUCAGAGUGAAAAGUGGGGAGGUCAAGUUGGUGAGUAUCGCUGGACCAAGUGCUUCAGGUAAAACAACAUUCUCUAAGAAGCUUGGAGCGCAAUUGAAGUUAAAAGGAAUAACCACUGUUGUGCUGAGCACCGACAACUACUUCAAAAAUAGGGAAGACUCCCCUGUUGACAAAGAUGGAAAUUACGAUUUUGAGUGUCUUGAGUGUAUCAGGUUAGACGCACUCAAUGGGGAUUUGCAGAAACUUUUUAGAGGAGAGGCGAUACACCCCGUGUUGUUCGAUUUUGUUAAAGGAAAAUACUCAUAUGAUACCACCAACUACUUAAAGUUGCCUAAAAAUGGUGUUGUUGUGAUGGAAGGGCUCCAUGGUAUUGAUGAAAACUUGACAGCUGCUAUUCCAAGAAAGCAGAAGUACUUCAUCUUCAUUGCUCCCAUGACACAACUAAAUGUCGAUGAAUACAACUUCAUUGGAAACCAAGUCUUCAGAUUCUAUAGAAGAAUCAUCAGAGAUUAUUUGACAAGAAAUAACACUGCGUCAAAGACAUUUGAAAAAUGGAGGAGUGUUGCAGUGGGAGAAGAGAAGUAUAUUUUCCCUUUUGUCGACAAGGCAGACACAAUUUGGAACUCUGCGAUGGAUUAUGAACCAUCCGCUCUUUACACUUAUGUAUUACCUCUCUUAAAAACAGUCCACGUGGAUGACCCAAAUUAUAACUUAGCUUGUGAUCUUUUAAAAACACUGCAAUUCUUUAUGCCUAUGGACGACCAUAUGGUUGCUAAAACUUCGUUGUUAAGGGAGUUUAUUGGCGGGAGUGUGUAUGAGUAA